CUCACCUUCACUGAAGCUCCUCCCACAGCAACUCAACUUCACUGAAGCCCCUCCCACAGCAACUCACCUUCACUGAAGCUCCUCCCACACAGCAGAUCACCAAUAAAUGCUGGGAUAUUCCCAUCAGCCUAGAAGUGAAGCAGAGCUGAACACUGAGAACAUGAGUGAUCCAGAAUCAUGCAGAAUGGAACACGAAGAGACUGAAGAACAAAGAGACUUGAUGGAACAGAUCGAGGAGAGUGAAGAACUGAGUGAAGGAGAGGAGAAAAAUCCUGUCAAAACUGGAGAAAAGUCAUUUAGGAGAGCCAACAGUUCUUGCCCUCAGACCGGAAAGAGAUUCCCAAACACAAAAAGUCUUAAACUUCACACGAGGGUUCAUGGUGGAGAGAAGAUGCACACGUGUGAUCAGUGCGGGAAGAGUUUCACACAAAAAGGUAGCCUUAAUGAACACACAAAAAUCCACACUGGAGAGAAACCGUACUCAUGUGAUCAGUGCGGGAAGAGUUUCACACGAAAAGACAACCUGAAGAUACAUAUGACAAUCCACACUGGAGAGAAACCGUACUCAUGUGAUCAGUGCGGGAAGAGUUUCACACGAAAAGACCACCUUAAGAGUCACAUGAAAACCCACACUGGAGAGAAACCGUACUCAUGUGAUCAAUGUGGGACCAGUUUUACACAAAAAGUAAACCUUAAGAAACACAUGACAAUACACACUGGAGAGAAACCGCACACAUGUGAUCAGUGCGGGAAGAGUUUUGCACAAAAAGACCACCUGAAGAUACACAUGACAAUCCACACUGGAGAGAAACCGCACACAUGUGAUCAGUGCGGGAUGAGUUUUGCACAAAAAGGAGCCUUUAAUGUUCACAUGAAGAUCCACACCGGAGAGAAGCCACACGCGUGUUCUUUGUGUGGAAAGAGUUUUAGUGUGCUGAGUGGCUUAAAAGAACACCAGAAAAGACACAGUGGUGUGAAGGAUCACAUGUGCUUUGAUUGUGGGAAGACCUUUUUUACUGCCGGUGACCUGAGAAAGCACCAGACCGUUCACACUGGAGGCAAGCCUUACAAGUGUUCACACUGUGACCAGAGAUUUGAUUGGCCAGGAUAUCUGAAAAUACACGAGAAGCUCCACACGGGAGAAAAGCCGCACACGUGUGAUCAGUGCGGGAAGAGUUUUGCACGAAAAGACCACCUUAAGAGUCACAUGAAAACCCACACUGGAGAGAAGCCGUACUCAUGUGAUCAAUGUGGGACCAGUUUUACAUUCAAC